UAUAUCAACUUUAUCACAGUUAUUUGUGCUCCAAACUUCAUAAAGAAAUGAUCGAUCUUGAGAUUCAGCAUUUUAAACUCAACAGAUAUCUAUUACUCAUUGUUGGCUUAUGGCCUUUACAACAAUCGAAUCUAACACGAUUACAGUUUGUUAUUUUAUCUAGUACAAUAAUGACGAUUAUCAUACUUCAGCUUAUGACACUUAUUACAUUAAAUUGUACUACGGAUCUAAUUAAUGUUUUGUGUUCCAUAUGUUUUAUUGCUGGUAUAUGGGCUGCAAAAUACAACUCAUUUUAUCUAAAUAUGGAAGCUAUGAAGGAUUUAUUGGUGCAACUUCGGAAUAUAUGUAAUGGAUUAGAAGAUAAAAACGAAAUUGCUAUUAUGAAAAAGUAUAGUUGUAAUGCAAAUCGUUACACGACUGUACUGGCUAUACUUGGCAUUUGCGGCAUUUUCAUUGUUACAAUAAGCAUGCAUUGGUCGAGAAUUCUUUAUAUUAUUUUAAACGUGAACAUAUCUCUGUCACAUCACUUACCGAUUAAAAUAGAAUACUUUAUCGAUCAAGAUAAGUAUUUUUAUUUGAUUCAGUUACAUAUCAUCAUGUUAUUGUGCAUCGGAAUAACUGUCACAGUAGCAAUAGGAGCGAUGCUUAUUACGUUUACUCAAUAUUUCUGUGGUAUGUUUAGAAUUUCCAGUUAUCGCAUUAAACGCGCAGUGCACAUCGAUGUGCUAGAAAAUAUCAAAGCGAAGAAAGAGAAUGUAACAUUGAAAGGAAUAAUUUGUGCCGUCAAUAUUCAUCGGCAAGCUAUGAAAUUAUGUCGACUUUUAGAAACUACAAUUAACCCAAUGUUCUUUUCCUUAAUAACGACCGGAGUAGUCUCUUUGAGUCUUAGUUUUUUUCAAAUUUUUCAGAUUAUAUCAAUCGGAGGUAAUAUUAAGGAAUUCAUAUUUCCCAUUAUAAUUAUGCUUGUCAUUAUGAUAUACAUGUUUCUAGCUAAUUAUCUUGCGCAAGAUAUAACGGAUCACAAUAAUGACAUCUUUGUAUCUGUGUAUAACGUUCAGUGGAAUGUAGCUCCAUUACAUAUACAGAAAGUGAUAUUAUUUUUGCUGCAAAGAGGCACCAAAGACUUUACUGUAUGUGCCGGCGGACUAUUCGUCGGGUCGUUGGAGUGUUUUGCCACGCUAGUGAAAGCAUCGGUCUCUUAUUUUACUGUUAUAUCUUCAGCGCAAUUAUAA